GGACUUCGAUUCUCUCUCCAAGGAUGAUGUCUAUGAGAAUAACCGCUUGGCCUUUGAAUUGGCAGAGCGGGAGCUGGGCAUCCCAGCUCUGCUAGAUCCCAAUGAUAUGGUCUCCAUGAAAGUCCCUGACUGCCUUAGCAUCAUGACUUAUGUGUCUCAGUAUUACAACCAUUUCAACAACCCCAGCCAAGCCAGCGUCCCUCCGCCUAUGAAGCACCCAACUGCUGCCUCCUCGCCUCCUCUGCUGUCCCAAAAGAAGCCUGUGGCUGAUCUGUGGUCUGGGGAGCAGCUCGUGGCCCCCAUGCUGAGCCCCCUGUGUGUUGUGUCCCAGGAUGAUGCCCCCUUGGACCCGUUGGAGCGGUCCCAGCGCACCACGCUCAGCAGUACCUGUGCAGCCUGCCAGCAGCACGUCCACCUGGUGCAGCGCUACCUGGCCGAGGGCAAGCUCUACCACCGCCAGUGCUUUAGGUGUAAGGAGUGCUCCAGCACUCUGCUCCCAGGGUCAUACAAGCCUGGAUCAGAGGCAGGGACUUUUGUCUGCAUGCAGCAUCGUGGUAAACUGGCCAUGAGUGGGAAGGCAGAGAGGAGGCCCAGCCCAGCUCAACAGUCACCAGAGCCAAGAACUGAAACUGGGGCUGACAGCAUGGGAGAGGAUGCCCUCCCUGCAGGCGCAGAGGUGGGGAAGGACAACAGCGACUCCCUGGAGAGCAUGGCAGAGACCCGUACACCUGCAGAGGGCCCAGCAAAGGACAGCACACCCAGCAAAGCAGAGACAGUGAUGCCCCCUGCUCACCUAGGCAGUGGGGCGCCUGUCUCCGAAACUCCCCCCAGACCUCCCCUCCCCAGCAAGCCCACAGUGCUCAGCCAGGACAAAGUCAGCUCGCUGGAUGGACGGCUCAGAGACUCGCGUCCCACGCCUGCCCCAAGGAAGGCCACGGAUGCAUCAGCCCUGUCCCCUCCAGCCUCUCACCCCGUGCCCCGGCCCAGGUCCACUCUCCAAGGCGAGGGCAGUGAGUGUGGGCCUGGCAUGGUGAAUGGUAAGAGAGCACAGUACCUGAACCCGGCCCUCCUGUCCCAAAACCUCGAGGAAGACCCUGCUCCUCUGAUCGGUACGUCCUCUUUGCAGAUCACCUGAAAACUCCAUAGCAAGGUGGGGGGUGCUGGAACUGCUGCAAGAGCCAAGGACCCACCAUGGAUGGCCUUAGUGCAAGCAGAGCCCAAGAAGAAGCCAGCUCCCCCUCCUCCCCCAAGCAACAGCCAUGAGACUCCAAGUAGGACUUCAGAGGAGGAGGAUGGGGAGGAGGUGGGGAAAGCCAGGAGUGAGGAGAGCACGUCUGAUGCCACAGAGCCGAAACCAUACAACCCCUUUGAGGAGGAGGAUGAGGAGGAAGAGGAGAGUGCUGACACCCAAAAGAACACACCUGAGCAGGAGCAGAGUGAGACUGCCUCCAAGCCUCUCCACCCCUGGUAUGGCAUCACUCCCACCAGCAGCCCAAAGGCAAAGAAGCGGCCAGCUCCACGAGCCCCCAAUGCUUCCCCGCUAGCCCACCACCCCAUCUCCAGGCUGUCACACUCUGAGCCAUCAUCCUCCACUCCAUCUCCAGCCCUCAGCCUCGAGAGCAUCAACUCUGAGAGUUCAGCCAAGGUGCUGGGAGACACCGAUGAGGCUUCAGUGCCCAAAAGCUCCUCUGAGCCCACUGUCCACACGCCGACAGCCACCAAGACCUCUAGCGCUGAUACGCCGCUGGCCAGCGUCUCCUCCAAUGAAAGUCCUGCUGUCCCAGCCAGCCUCUCCACAAACUCCUCCUUCUCCUCCUCCAGUGAGCUGGCCAACUUCAGUGGGGAGAUGCAGCCCAGCACCCCACACUCCAGCAGAAGCAUCUCCACUGGCAGCUUAAAGACCAGCCCCAGCCGGCUGCCCCCCAAGCCUCCUGCUGGGGCUAGCCCUACACCCAUCCUCUUGGCAGCAGAUGGGGGUGCUGGGAGCCCUGAGACAUCCUCCUCACCCAAACCACAUCUGAAGUCUUCCUGCAAAGAGAACCCCUUCAACCGGAAGCCGUCACCUGCCGCCUCCCCCUCAGCAAAGAAACCUCCCAAGGGCUCCAAGCCAGUGCGUCCUCCUGCACCAGGUCACGGCUUCCCACUGAUCAAACGCAAGGUGCAGACAGAUCAGUACAUCCCUGAGGAAGACAUCUAUGGGGAAAUGGAUGCCAUAGAGCACCAGCUGGACCAGCUGGAACACCGUGGGGUGGCCUUGGAGGAAAAACUUCGCAGUGCUGAGAAUGACAACCCUGAGGACAGCCUGCUUGUGGACUGGUUCAAACUCAUCCAUGAGAAGCACAUGCUAGUGCGCCACGAGUCAGAGCUCAUCUACAUCUUCAAGCAGCAGAACUUGGAGCAGCGACAGUCAGAUGUGGAGUAUGAACUGCGGUGCCUCCUCAACAAGCCAGAGAAGGACUGGACUGACGAGGACCGAGGGAGGGAGAAGGUGCUGAUGAAGGAGCUGGUGACCAUCAUUGAGCAGAGGAAUGCCAUUGUGAACUGCCUGGACGAGGACCGGCAGAGAGAAGAGGAGGAGGAUAAAAUGUUGGAAGCCAUGAUUAAAAGGAAAGAAUUUCACAAGGAGAUGGAGACCGAGACCAAGAAGAAAGGCAAAUUCAAGCCCAUGAAGGUGUUUAAACUGCUGAGCAACAAACAUGACUCCAAGAGCAAGUCACCCAAGGAGAAAAGCUAG